UAGUCCAUGGUAUGUUCACUUGCAUCAUAAACAACAAUGGCGGCGGACAGGGAGAUGAUUCUGGCCGAUUUUCAGGCUUGUACAGGGAUAGAGAACAUAGAUGAAGCCAUCACAUUACUGGAACAGAAUGACUGGAACCUUGUGGCUGCUAUUAAUGGAGUCCUCCCAGAAGAGCCCAUGCAGCAGGCACCCAGUGUCCCAGAGGUCCCCCCUCCACUAGUAGAUAGUCCUGAUCUAUCGGUAGUCGGGCAGCAGCUACAGGCCAUGGCGGGGACGUCCACGUUAGGGUCGCCAUGGGAACCAGUCAUGGCGGGCCCCAUGAUGCGCCCGACACCCCGGAUGUUAGAGUUCAAGGUCGAGUACAGGGAAAGAACCGUGGAGGUCAUGCUGGAUGACACCAGUACUGUAGGUAACAUUAAGGAGGUUCUACAAGCAGAGCUGGGGAUUCCCACAGACAAGCAGCACCUGCGAGGGUUCAGCCAGGAGGAACCUGAUGAUGCUGUCCUUUCUACUUUGAAUCUUCCAAGAGAGAACCGGCUCUUUCUGCUGACCCCUGACCUCCCCGUGGCUUCAGGGUCUCAAGAAGUGGAUGGAGAAAGCAGCCUUGCUCUUGAAAGGAUGCUCCUAGAGUUCGUACUAAAUGUGGUAGAUGUAGACAAGGGGAUCGAGUACAACCUUCAUUUCCCUGGCAGUCGUACCAUCCACCAGGUGAAAUGUGACGUGUACAGUUUAACAGAUAUCCCCGUACGCAACCAGAUAUGGAAGGGAUGGCCACAGGACGCUAAAGAUGAUGAUAUGACAUUGGCAGGCUGUGGGAUUUCUCACCCCUCCCAUGACCUGGAGGUGUGGAGACAACACAUACCAGUCAGGUUCAGUUCAGGGGUAGAAGAAGAGAGGCGACAACGUCAUGCUAGUGGGUCCAGUACAGAAGAUUUUGAGGAUGCCAGCGACUCUUUUACUGUAGACGACAAUGACUUGAGUUUUACAGACGUGGUCACCAGAAAACCACAGCCUCUUAUUCCUGACAACUGCGAUGAUGAGUACAAUGCAUCUGUUCACUUUACUGCAGAGUUUACAGAAAGGUAUGGCGAAUGCCACCCCAUGUUUUACAUAGGCUCCCUAGAAGAUGCCAUGAAAGAGGCCUUCCAGAAACCUGCCAGGGAUAGAAAGCUGUUAGCCCUGUACCUGCACCAUGACCAGAGUGUACAGAGUAACAUCUUCUGUUCCCAGGUGCUCUGUAGGGAGAGCAUUGUGUCCUACAUGUCCCAACACUACCUUAUCUUUGCCUGGGACAUGACUUUUGAUAGUAACAAAGCAAGGUUUUUAGGCCACAUCUCGCGUCAGUACGGCAGUUUGGCGGCCCAGACGGUGAGGAACUACAAGGCAGACGAGUACCCGCUACUGAUGCUGGUCAUGAGGAACAGGGGGGCCAGCGAGGUCCUAAAGGUCGUACAUGGUAACAACACGGUAGAUGAGCUGAUGAGCACACUGAUCAACGCUGUGGACGUGUUCACAGAAAACCAGAGGGUGGAGAUGCAGGAAGAAGCAGAGAGAGAAGAACGAGAAAGGAUGAAGAGAGAACAGGACGAGGCGUAUCAAGUUUCACUGGCAGCUGAUAGAGCUAAGGAGGAGGAGAAGAGGAGGAAAGAACAGGAGGAGAAGGAGGAGCAGGAGAGGGCACAGAGAGAAGCUCGGGAAGCCAAGGAGGAGAGAGAAGCCUUGAGAGCGUCACUAGAAGACACCCUACCAGACGAGCCACCAGAGGACUGUACAGAACCGCUCAUCAACCUCCGGGUCAGGCUGCCGGACGGGGAGAUGCUACAGAGAAGGUUUCUGGCUGCCACCACGCUGCAAGUCGUGCUGAACUACGUCCACUCCAAGGGGUUCCCUUCCAAGGAGUACAAGCUGCUGUCAUCAUGGCCAAAACGAGAUCUGACAUCACUGAACACCACACAGACACUCCAACAGCUUGGCAUGAACCCCCAAGAGACCCUCUUCCUCCAGGAAAAGUGAAGACAACAACACCCCAUUGUCCGGUAAAAGUGAAGACGACACCACAUUACGAGACGAGCACGGUCCCUGUCUGCGCAUUCAAGGUACACAGUCAACAACAACAACAAAACAAAA